UCCAACGAACGUAGACGGUCGCUUGCCUGCCUGCCUUCCUGCCCCAUCGUCUGUUGUUCGUUGUUGGAUAUUCGCGGUGAAGCCCGCGGACCGAUGAAUGACGUUCGUGUGCGUGGACAGCCGGAACAUAACAGGAAAAGUUCCCCGAACCUCUGAAGAAGCUCGGUCUGCUUCGCAAGCGACCAUCGGAUAAGUGGUUCCAUCCUCGGAGCCCGGCUCUCCUCGUUGACCAUCCGAGAGUGGAUCUAGAGACACCGUGAUCCCUAGUGCGUUCGAAUCAUUUGGAACAAGCCGUUGAUCUUUCAUCAGCCGACUGAGUCGAGGGAGCAACCGAUUGACUGUCAAUCUCUUUGAUCGACUAAUCGACAGAUUGACGAACGGACGCGCAGGCUGUCGAUCUCACUAAGUGGAAACAUUGAUACAAAACCAGACAUCGAACGCAGUGCUGCUCCAUAGUUUCGAGAUCAGUGAUAUUCUUCUCGCGCUUCCCUUGGAUCGCAUUUAAGGAACGAUGUCUCCGAUCCUCUUCUGUGUGUGAUGAUUGACGGGCAGAGUUUCGAAGUCUUUAUCGUAGUUGAAAUAGUUGCCGGAAAAUCGCCCCUUUGUGAACAUGAAGAUGGCCGGAUCUGAGGAAGACACAAUCAGGGUGUGUGAGGCAUACUGCGAAAAGCACGAGGUGCAGCGCCUUCUUAAAGAGUGCAUUGUUCAACUGUGCAUGCAAAAACCCAACAAUCCGGUGGCUUUCCUCAGGGAUUAUUUCACGAGACUCGAAAAAGAGACCGCAAUGAAGAGCAAGGGCUGCCUGACCACCUCGGGGUCAGGUGACCAGUCCGGGGAGGAAGCUUUGUCGCCGCUGCCGCAACCCCCGGCAAGAAGUCGCCGCGGUGCCGUUUCCGCCGAGACUUACAAUGAGGAAGACGCUGCGAACUACGUCAAAAAGAAUGUUCCAAAGGACGAGAAAACUCGAGCUGCGUUGUCUAAAGCAAUCGAGAAGAACGUUCUAUUCAGCCAUUUGGAUGAAUCUGAGAAGAAGGACAUAUUCGAUGCCAUGUUCCCGGUGGAGGCGAAGCCAAACGAGACCAUCAUCAAACAGGGUGACGACGGGGAUAACUUCUACAUUCUCGACUCCGGCACAGUUGACAUAUUCGUCAACGACCGACUGGUGACAUCCCUGGUCGACGUUGGAAGCUUUGGAGAACUGGCCCUUAUUUACGGCACGCCGCGUGCAGCCACUGUCAAGGCGAAAACAGACGUCAAGCUAUGGGCCAUCGAUCGAGACACCUACCGAAGGAUCCUCAUGGGCUCGACGAUUCGUAAACGGAAGAUGUACGAAGCAUUCCUUUCCAAAGUUUCUAUUUUGGAAUCACUCGAUCAGUGGGAGCGGCUCACCGUGGCCGACGCUCUCGAACCUGUCACCUUCCAAGACGGUGAUGUUAUUAUCGAGCAAGGCACUGCCGGUGACGAUUUUUUCAUCAUCGAAGAAGGUCAGGCCGAGGUUUUGCAGCGCAGAGGACCCUCGGAACCUCAAGAGAAAGUCUCGGAGCUCGGGCCGUCCAACUACUUCGGUGAAAUCGCUCUGCUCUACGACCGACCGCGAGCAGCUACUGUCAAGGCCCGUGGUCCCUUGAAAUGCGUCAAGUUGGACAGGUCUCGAUUCGAGCGCGUUCUGGGCCCUUGUGGGGACAUCCUCAAGAGGAAUAUGACCCACUACAACUCGCUGAUAUCGUUGUCCCUCUAGGAGAGCCACAGAUUCACAAACGGCAGACGGCAAACGUGAAGGAAAGCAUGCGACGGAAGGGGGAACAAAUCAGCUACCUAAUCUGAACGUCACGGCAAAAGUAACGGAGUGGAACAGUUUUUUUUCGGAAGGAGAACCAUAGCACAUCAGACCAAAUCCAAAGGGGGAACGUCGAAAAACAAGGAUAGAUACCAAGGAUCAUAAAGAGAACGUCGUAGGAAUACUGGAGUUCAAGAUCAACAUGCAAAAUCUGAGACGGUCUGUGAGUCAACAAAGCAACCAACCAAUCAACCAGCCUGCCCUUAUGCCACCCUGGUAGAAGCCAAACCUUUUACUGCGAUGCAGAUAUCACACACCAGGGCUCGACAGUACGCCAGCUGCCGAUCAUUCGAAGCUCACGUUCAACUCGCGCGAUGCAGGAGAGAGGGAACGACCCACAAUUAACUUUAAGGCAUUUUUACGAGACGUUCCGAUACAAGCGAAGCGUUUGCGUGUCGAUCGGUAGCUAGCGCGAAUCGACUCUGCACUUUGAGAGAGAUGUUCACUGUGACCAAAUUCCGGCGGCGUCAUCCACAAUUAUUGGUAAUCCGAAGCCUUUAUCCGAAAGAACGUCUCUCGUUUAAUAGAACUUAUCAUGCCGACGUAGCUAGCUGCAUAGUUGUCCUUGCAGAUGGCGACAUCUGUUUACUGCAAAACCCCAACGUACUCCGUGUCGUCUGCUCCUUUGAACCGAAUGCCGUCAAACGACUGUCGAGCAAUCGCUGUUCAGAAACGUGACCGCCGAGUACGGAAGACGGGGACAGAAAGCAGAUCGCGGUGAAAUGUUGGAGAAAAAACGCUCGUGCGCAAAACACAAUUAUCAAACAACCAAAAACCAGUGAAUAAUGAAACCUUACGAUAAUAAACGGAUUGCGCUGGAAGCAACUCGAAUGUUCGCAUCAGCUCCUCCUGAUUGCGGCAUCGGGUGUACGUACGCGGAGAUUCGGACGCCUCGGUCGAUUGAAGUCAAGUCAGGCAUAUGAUAUUCAUAAGGAUGACGUCACGCGAUUCCAUUCAUGAUGAUGAAGGUUGAUGAUUGACGAAUGAAGCUCGAAGGAUGCUGGGAUGUGCGCUGAACAGAUUCCGGCCGAUCAUGCCGUAUUUAUUUCUAGUGGUCUAGAUUGGUCCUCCGCUCGCUUUUUCUCUGGGAGCGAUCUAACGCGAAUUUCCAUCUGCUGAUCGGAGAUUACCGCUUGAUAUGAUGAUGGUGAGAGUGAUUGAGCCGAGCUGACAGCCUGUUCGUGAGUUGGUUCAUCGAUGACCGAUAUUUCCCCAAAACGAGUCAUAAGCCCCUUGCGCGAGAACAAGAGAACAUUAGUUGAGGAUAAGACGAACACACCCCCACACACACACAAACAAUUCUUAGAAUACACGUUCACUCAUCGUGACACACCGACCAUUUGGUGAGCUCUCUCAUUGCACAUGGAAAUAUCGGAUUUGAGUUGUUUUCAAAAUUCAAGCCACCAAUCCCCUCUCGUUCCUCCCAUGCAUCCCACAGCAGGGAUUUCUCAUCUCAUAAGUCAAGUUCCGGAGGUGAUCACGGAGAGCGGAAAAUUCACGUCGGGAUCGAAUGAAGCCCCUGUAGCGCGAAUCGAGUUCCGCGACUGGCGAGACGUGCGGUCGCGGCAUAUGCCAUCGUUCUCGGUCCCUUGCACGAUUGCUACCGGGAAUCCUUGUGGAGAAGUCUCAUUUCGAAACCCCGGUGAAAAGUCGUGUGUUCACCUGGACUCUCGCACCUCAUUGGUCCUCAGCGACACGAUUAGCGCAUCGAGCGCACUCGCGUCGGAAUUUCGGAUUCCGGUUUGCUGCUGGGACAUUCAUCGCGUACGUUUCGGUUUCCCCUUUUCGCUCCCCCGGAAUCACACUCGCGUAUUCUUUACGGCUGCGAAGCUCCUCGCGGCUCAGCGCCGAACCAGGUUAUGAUGAAUGGACGAAUAGUGUUCACGGUUUCUUGCAAACAGGUUCAGUUGUUGCUUCGAAUGAAGUGAGGAAGAGACCCCAAUGCUGAAGCAGGUGAAGUCGAACACAGCCGAAGCACCCUGAGUGACUGUCUCCAUCUGUCUGUAUAUACCUACCCAAUGAGAAGACACAAACAAACAGGAAAAAUUAGGAGAGGAUACAGAAAAUCGAAACAAAUCAAAUCGUCGAUAUGGAUUUAGUCAGGUUGAACUUUCCCUGAUUGAAGAUUGGCAGAAUGCGAAAUAAACCGAACCUGUUAAGCUAAAG